AUGACGGUGCGGUCGUCAUUCUUACAGUCGAUGAGUCAAGCUAUAACAGUAAAUGAGAGCUAUACAUCCAACUCGGUAGAACCGCGUCCUAUCGCAUGGUAUAUCGAUCCUCCGUCUACCUCUCAACCUCUUCAAGAGGGUGCUAUCAAAGCCGGCAGAUCCUUCUAUACAGCUUCGGGACAUUCCAACGGAAGUAAGCUGAAUAUCUCAGAAUAA